AUGUCUGGAGCUGCGGAUCGCGAGGCCGUCUUCCCCACACGGCAGUCCUUGGGUAUUAUGAAGGCCAAACUCAAGGGCGCCGAGACGGGUCACAGCUUGCUCAAGAGAAAAAGUGAAGCUCUCACCAAGCGUUUCAGAGAGAUUACCCGCCGAAUCGACGAAGCCAAGCGCAAGAUGGGCCGCGUCAUGCAGAUCGCUUCGCUCUCCCUCGCCGAAGUCACCUACGCCGUCGGCGGCAACAUUGGAUACCAGAUCCAAGAGUCGGCCAAGUCGGCGCGAUUCCGCAUCCGGGCCAAGCAGGAGAACGUCUCGGGUGUGCUGCUUCCCGCCUUCGAAGCCUACCAGGCCGAGGGCAACGACGACUUCGCCAUGACGGGUCUGGGCAAGGGUGGUCAGCAGGUACAGCGGUGUCGUGAGACGUACGCCAGAGCGGUGGAGGCCUUGGUUGAGCUGGCUAGUCUGCAGACAGCGUUCGUUAUCCUUGAUGAGGUCAUCAAGGUCGUCAACCGGAGAGUCAAUGCGAUUGAGCACGUCAUUAUUCCUCGAACUGAAAACACCAUCAAGUAUAUCAACUCGGAACUCGACGAGCUUGACAGAGAGGAGUUCUACAGACUCAAGAAGGUUGCUGCCAAGAAGCAACGAGACAAUGCCGAAACUGACGCUCAGAUGAAAGCAAAGAAGGCAGAGCAGCAGCGGCUAGCCCUUGCAGACUCUGAGAAUGCUGAAGGUGAACAAACCGAAAACACCCCUGCCGAUAUCUUGGCAGCUGAGGAGGACGAAGACGUCAUCUUCUAGUUUGAUGUCAACUUGUUAAGGCAUGGCGAAUCGCUGAUGGCUCGACGGACUAUCGAUGACGAUCAAGAAUGUUUUGUUUGCAUCAGAAUUGUUGAGGCAAAGGGCAUGGGCGCAAUUAAGGAGUUUGUCUUGUUUUUAUUCUUGUUGUAGCAAUGGGUAUCUGAAGAAGGCGCUUUGCGAACUGCCCGAGUGGUGCCCUCACGAAACGGAAAACUUCUAGCACACUCUGAUAAACUGUGCAGUGCAUGAAAUCUGUAUCGCACGAUACU